UGCAAAAAGCUUUGGCUUGGUGGCGAAAGAGAGAAGACAAUCAUUUGAUUCGACUAAUCUCCAAGAGACGGUGGACCCAAAAACAGGCGAAUUAUGGAUCUAAAGCAAAAGACCUACUUACUGGUGACGGGAGCUUCGCGUGGCAUUGGACGGGAGUUUGCCCAGCAAUUGGCCAAACGUAUAAGUGGCAAGGGAUCGCUGGUCGUUCUGUUGGGACGCGAUCUUAACCUACUGGAUGAGACCAAAGCCAACAUUCUGAGGGUCAAUGCGGAAUUGGAGGUUUACACAUAUUCCCUGGAAUUGAGUCAAUGCCAGGCUGAGGAUUUCUCAAAGAUACUGAGCGAAACAUUGGAGAAAUCCAAUGCCAAGGCGGAGGGAUUCGAACGUGCCAUUGUCAUACACAAUGCAGGAACUUUGGGCGAUGCAUCGAAGCAUGCCCGUGAAAUUGGCGAUACGGCAUAUUUGGAGAAAUUCUUUCACACAAAUCUCUUCUCGGCAUUGGCUCUUAAUUGUGAGUUUAUGCGUGUGUUUCGGGAUCAGGCGAAACUGGUGGUCAAUCUAAGCACAUUGGCUGCCAUCCAACCAAUACCAUCGAUGGCCUAUUAUUGCACAGUGAAGGCGGCACGUGAAAUGUAUUUUCGUGUCUUGGCCAAGGAGGAGGAGUCGACGGACAAGACUUUGGUCUUAAACUAUGCCCCCGGCAUGAUAGAUACCCAGAUGACUGUUCAGGUGGAGCGUGAGGCACAUGAUCCCACCAUAAAGGCCAUGUUCCGCGAGCAAAGGGAAUCGAAAGUCAUGUUGACAACGGAACAAACGGCUCUGAAAUUUAUCAAGAUUCUCGAAUCGAAAGUAUUUCAAUCUGGUGAUCACAUUGACUAUAGAGACUAUUAAAAUUUCCUGGAAACAACAAGAAACAUUUGAUAAUAAACUCUUCAAAAACUUUCUCAGAAAGAGCACAAAACAACAUAAAAAAUCAAAAGAAAACGGAGAACAGCGUUCAAAACAUGAAAUUUGUUUCUUGUUUCGUUUAUGGACCAAAAUAAGUAUAAAAAAGAUGAAUGAAUCAGAUCUGUCCCAUAGGCAAAAUAUAUAUAUAUAUACUCAUAUGUAGGUAUUUGUAAUUACUCAUAAUUCAAUUGAUAAUAACUGGUUGGUGGGUUUUUCUAUGUAUUAAAUUUAUACAAAUUAAACAUAUUAAUAAAUUUAUACAAACUGAAAUUAAAUGUAAACAGUUUCGGUGUAUGCUAAAAGAAA